AUGAAGAAAAUCUACAACGUCUACUUUCUCUGUGGCUUUGCCACUCUAGGCGGUGGUUUGUUUGGUUUUGAUAUCUCGUCUAUGAGUGGUGUCCUGGGCACCGCUGCGUAUACCAACUAUUUCCAAGUUGGUAGCGGUCAAUACAAACAGGGCAGUAUCACUUGUGCGAUGCCAUUUGGUUCGCUCGUCGGUGCGCUGUGCUCUAGCUUUAUCGCCGAUCGCUUCUCCCGUGUCAGGGCGAUUCAGUUCUCGUCUAUUCUAUGGAUCAUUGGCUCUAUCUUUAUGUGUGCGUCGAACGGAAUCGCUCUUUUAGUCGUCGGUCGUGUCAUCGCCGGUGGUUGCGUUGGUAUCGCGUCUGCAAUGGUCCCCGUUUAUCAGGCCGAGAUCGCACCAAAAGAAAUUCGAGGACGAGUUAUAUCGCUGCAGCAAUGGGCUAUUACAUGGGGUAUCUUGAUUCAAUAUUUCAUUCAAUAUGGCGCGAGCAACAUCGACGGCGGCCCGAACAACCCGACGCAGAGUACGGCUGCUUUCCGUAUUCCAUGGGGAAUCCAAAUCGUACCCGGUGUUAUCCUCUUCUUUGGCAUGUUCCUCUUCCCCAAGUCUCCCCGUUGGCUUGCUAGCAAAGACCGUUGGGAGGAAGCCCUGAAUGUGCUAUCGAAGCUGCACGGUAAUGGAGAUGUCAACCACCCCAAAGUCCUCGCCGAAUACAAAGAAAUCCAGGAGGCUCUGGCGUUGGAGCGGGAGCAAACAAACACUGGCUUCCAGGAGCUCGUCAAGCCUCGCAUCUUCAAGCGUGUCAUCUUGGGUAUGAGCUUGCAGAUGUGGUCGCAGCUGUGCGGCAUGAACGUGAUGAUGUACUACAUCGUCUAUAUCAUGCAGAGCACCGGUGCCGGAUCACCCCUGCUCACCGCGUCAAUUCAAUACAUUCUCAACACGGCCCUGACUCUACCUGCCAUUCUCUACCUGGAUAAGUUUGGCCGACGCCCGGCGAUUCUCAUUGGAUUCUUCCUCCAGGCGAUUUUCCUCUACCUGGAAGGUGGGCUGCAAGGAGGCUUUGGAGCGCCCAACCCUGGCACUGAUCCCAAGCUCGCUGCUAUCUCGUGGACGGUCGCCGACCACCCCGCCGUGGGGAAGGCGAUUAUCGCAUUAUCCUAUCUGUUCGUGUGUUCCUUCGCCACGACCAUCGGCCCGACCUCGUGGACCUAUCCGGCUGAAAUCUAUCCUGCGAAAGUCCGUGCCAAAGCAGUCUCGCUGGCUACCGCCUCCAACUGGGUCUGGAACUGCCUGCUGGCCCUCUUCGUCCCACCUUUGCUAUGGUCGAUCAACUGGAAGAUGUACAUGAUUUUCGCUGCCUUCAACACCGCCGCCUUCAUCCACAUGUUCCUCACCGCCCCCGAAACCAAAGGUUUCACACUAGAGGAAAUGGACGAUGUCUUCGACAGCGGCCUCCCCGCCUGGCGCAAGCUCGAGAAGCGCAGUCGUAUGGAGGAGCUCGAGAGAGAGAUCAUCGAAGGCAAUCUCAAGAUUAAUCCCGCACACGAGGAUACUGGCGUCUCGGCUACGCAAGUAACCCCGGAGAAGCAAGUGUAG